AUGACAGUGCGUUCCCGCUCCCCCGUCACUCUUGAGACACUUAGUAUCCGCGGCAGCAAUAUCCGCUAUUUUAUUCUUCCCGAUAGUCUUCCUCUCGACACUCUUUUAAUCGACGAUGCACCAAAGCCUAAGCAGAAAAAGAAGGAUGCACUUAUGGCUCGUGGCCGUGGCCGCGGUCGUGGCCGUGGCGGCCCACGCAGAGCACGUACUGCUCGUGGUUUCUAG